ACGUUGAUUGUUGUCGGUAGUGUUCAUCUGCAAUAGAAAAUUUCAUAGCCAUGGUUCAGCCAUAUCGGAGAGGCUGAGAUGUUAAUCUUACUUGUAUACUAGACGAUGUGAGGGAGCAAAUGGUCUGUGCAAUCUAUAUAUAGUUUUGAAACCGUGCGUUGUCUUGGGAACUGAGCAAUCGGCUAUUUGCUUUAGUCAGCCAAUGGCCAAAAUGUCCUCAUAUUCGACUAAUUGCGCAUAUUUCUUACGUGGCGAGAAUGUCCUCAUAUUCGACCAUUGCGGGUGGGGGUGUGGGUGUGGGGUGUGGGUGGGUGUGUGUGAGCGUCACUUUCAGGGAGGUCUCAAACAUUUACUCCCACACCCACAUCCAAUAUGAAAUACAUACUUCAAGAAUUGCUCUCACCGUGUUACGUUUUAAUAUAUUCACUAUACAUGGUCUUUUUUCUUAGUUGAAAUACGAAUAUAGAAAAUCUAAAGUGAUCAAUGCCUAAUUGAAAUCUCAAACGGCAUUUUUUCUUUUAAAUUUUUAUUUUCUAUUAACAGAUUCUACUGACAUUGAUAAGUAAAUUCUGAUGAGAAUGUUUUAAUAGAAAUCUUAAUUGUAUAUUUGUAUGAUGCCUUUUAUAAAUUUCUAAAAACUGUUUUGAAACUUUUGCUAAUGUAAAUAUAGGAACUAUUUCAUAGGCAUGUUGUACAAACAUGAACUGAUAAAAUUAUAGAUAAAUAUUGAUGAAAUUUUAGUUAUUCUAGAUGAUUAAUCAAAACUUUGAAUUAAAGUCAAUUUUUGAAACGUUCAUCGAUAAACAGGCCAUCAUUUUUUUUCAUGAAUUGAAAAAGAAUCAUUUUUCUAGCUUCUUGUUUUUUACGCGAGCAAUAUUGAUGUAAAACAAUUCUCUCAACACAAACCCGAUGUACUAGAGUGUAUAAGAAUUCAAAAGCACCAUUUACAUAGGAUUUUCUACCACUAUAUAGGAAACAUAUAGAACACUGAUUAUCUCGAACGGACAUCUUCGGAGUUCUAACGAACUCUACACAAAAUAACUUUAUCAGAAGAAAGUAAGAUUAUUUAUGAAUAAAAAAGAAACAAUAAUAACUUAUCUAUCAAAACCAAUUGAAUCAAGUAUUAAUAUAUAAUUAAUUAGUUCUAAUAUUAAUUAUGCAUUAAAUUAUCCAAAUAUAAAUUGGAAAUCAGUUAGUGUUAAUUCAUCAACACAAUCAUACAUUUUAAAAGUUCUUUUGUUUUGUGCAUCGAUACAAAAACUAAUCAAAUGUUUUUUUCUAAUUUUAGAUGUAAUGACAUGAAAAUCAUAUUUAAUAUCUAUACUACCAGUCGUUAAUAACGUUGGUGUAUUGGUCCAGCAAGUGAAAUAAUUAAAGUUCGUACACUUGAAGGCACAGCAAUACGUACACGAACAAUUAUUCAAUUUGAACCAGUUAAUUCUAUAGCAAUUAUGAUUAAAUGGCAAGAUUCAUCUUUAUCAUAUAUUAAUGAAAUUCUGAAUUCAUUUAAAGCGAGACAAAUUUACAAACCAGAUAAAUUGAAUAACUAA